GACUGAUAGAGCACGGAGCGGCACCGCCCCCAGCGCUCUGUACACACGGGGCGUCACCCGGAACCCCGCCCCCGGCAUUGCACCACGUGUAACAGCUCAGCCGGAAGGGGCGCGGCUACAGCUACCUCACUUCCUGCGCGCCCGACGCCGUCUCCCUGUGACUGCCCAUCGUAUAGUGUGCUGCCUGCUACUGCCGCCCCGAGAGGAUGUCUAAGAGAAAAGUGACCUUUGAGGAUAUAUCUGGAGAGGAAGAGAUGAAUAAGAGACGGUUUCCAGAGACAGUCGGGGGUCCCGGCAGCCGCUUUAAGGGAAAGCACUCCCUUGACAGCGACGAGGAAGAGGAGUUGGAGGAAAUAUCUGGGGACGCUGCUAAAUACAACAUGCUGGCACCGGAGGACGUGGAAGGACAGGAGAGCGCCACCCUUGAUUCAGAAGGGGGAGUGCAGAUCACGCCCUUUAAUCUGAAGGAAGAAAUGGAGGAAGGACACUUUGACUCGGAGGGGAACUAUUUCCUGCGGAAGGAAGAGGAGAUUAAAGAUCACUGGCUAGAUAACAUUGACUGGGUUCGAAUUAAAGAGCGAAAAACGCCCCAUCCUGUCCCCAGUGCGAAAGGCGACUCCGACUCUGAUGAAGGGCGAGCACCUAUGGAAAUGAAGGAAUUAUUAGAUGGCCUUCUGAAGAUGUUAUUGCCCGGUGAGACGGUGGCAAAAGGCAUCCGGCGUUUAGGAGGAGCAGAGAAGAGGAAGCGAGCCAGCGUAAAGAAGGUAAAACGCAAAAGAGGAGUUCACAGCUCACGACACAGAGAUAAGAGUGAGUCAAAAGAAAGUAGUGUGAAGGCCGGAGAUGAGGAGGGGGAGGGAGAGGCCCCAGAGAUGAGGAGCGCAGAAGGUGUAGCCCCAGAAUCAGAGGAUCAGGACAAGAUGGACCUGCAACUGGGGGACGAGGCUGGUGGAGAGAAACCAGAGAAGGAGAUGGAACCGCUUGAGCAGCUCAUCUCCCUGGCAGAUCAGAUGGUGGCCCUGGGUGUCUACGAGGUGUAUCAGGACACGUACGAGAAGCUGACGUACAGACUGAAACAUCUGGCUCCGCCUGCACCUCUGGACAUGUUCGCGGAUGAGGUGGAAGAGGACAGUCUGGAGACAAAGGAAGCGCGCACUGUGGAUGAAGUUCUCUGGGAGUAUAAGUGGGAGAACAAAGAGGGUGCGGAGCUGUAUGGGCCAUUCACAAGCUCCCAGAUGCAGGAUUGGGUAGAUCAGGGGUACUUUCUGGAGGGGGUGUACUGCCGACGUGUCAACAGCUCAGGUGGACAGUUCUACAAUUCUCUGCGGAUAGACUUUGAUCUGUACGUGUGAAUAUUAUGCUCUGGCUCAGGACACCAUGAGACCUGGACUAGAUGGGGCAUACAGCCAGCUGGUCCCCUGUCUCUGGUUCAGGACAUCAUGUUAUCCCAUGAGACCUGGACUAGAUGUGUCAUACAGCCAGCUGGUCCACUGUCCCUCUGUAUCUGUUUCAGGACAUCCAUGUUAUCACAUGAGACCUGGACUAGAUGCGUCAUACAGCCAGCUGGUCCACUGUCCCUCUGUAUCUGGUUCAGGACAUCCAUGUUAUCCCAUGAGACCUGGACUAGAUGGGGCAUACAGCCAGCUGGUCCCCUGUCCCAGGGCACCAUGAGACCUGAACUAGAUGUGUGCAUACAGCCAGAUGGUCCCGUGUCCCUUUGUUCCUGUGUAUCUGGCUCAGGACAUCAUGGGCUGGACUGUCCUCUGCUCUUAUGAGGCCAUGACUUGCUGUUGAAUGUGUGUGUCAAGAUGCUCCUUUGCGUCCCUAGCUCCGGGCACCAUUUUCCCCGGGGCCGGACAUCCUCUGUGUUUAUACCGUGGACUGGGCAUUGUGUGUGUUUGGCCCAUUGUGGGACGCUUGCUUCUAAGUGUCCCAGUGAGUGAUCUUCUCCAUUGUACAGAUGACUUUGGGUGUGUGCUGAACUUCAUUCAGGAUGUUUGUAAUUAAAAUAUUUUUAUAAUUCUA